AUGCUGCACCAUCCCGUCGCAAAAACUCAAGCCAUCCUCCGUCACCAAGCCGUCUUUGACGCAACCGCCACAUCCCCUCGUGUCUCGAGAAAAGACAAAUACCUCGCGUCCGAAGCGUCCACCUGGCCGCUUACACUAUUCCAGCGAGCCCGUGCUUUAGCGGGUCUUAUCGCCCUACCCCCACUCCCGCCCUUCGCCCUCGACGUCAUCGACGCCGAAACCUCCGGGGCCAUGCCGACGACGCGCAGGUUACCGACCACUCGCGUCAUCUCGCCGAGCCCUACGCCCUCCGAAAUAGAUGCGCAGUCACCUUCUGCGACUUCGACGUCGCAAGACACAUCAUAUUUUGCGCCGGUCACGAGGUCCGCAGCUCGUAAGCGGUUAGCUACGCCGCAGCCGGUGGAAGAGCAUAUCAAUGAGGAUGAAGAAGAGAACAACCCGGAUCUUCGGCGGGCUCGGACACGAAGUCGUAGUCCAAUGGAUCACCGACGUAUCAAACCUCUGAGCUCAAGUAGCACCUUGAACUCAAAAGAAAUUACCAGCAGCAGCAGCAGCAGCAAGCCGACGUUGUCGAUAAAUGGUCAAGACAAUGGCAAUGGAAAACCGGUCGAGUCAAAUGGCCAUCUCACGCCCGCAGCUGCCAUGUCGACGUGGGACAGCUGGCGUGAGACAUGGAGUCGUAGCCCCAGCCCUUUGGGCUUGAUUCCUAUCCAUCGUCAUUGGCGAACUUUCGUCCACAAACACGAAGUACCGCGCAAGCUCUUGCAUGUCUCCAUCGGCUUCCUAGUCGUAUGGCUCUACCUGUCUGGGACACAGACAUCAUCUGUAACGCCGUGGUUGAUGGCCCUUUUAGUUCCCAUCACAGCCGUUGAUCUGCUGCGCCAUCACCAUUCUGGCUUCAACAGAUUGUACGUCAAGGUCCUUGGCGCCUUGAUGCGCGAGUCCGAGUUUGCGGGCUACAACGGCGUUAUUUUCUACCUUUUGGGCGCCUGGACAGUGCUCUACUUUUUCCCCAAAGAUGUCGGUGUUGUGGGCACUCUGCUGCUGAGUUGGUGCGACACGGCAGCGUCUACAUUUGGCAGACUUUACGGCGCCUACACCCCGCGAAUCCGCCGCGGAAAGUCUCUGGCUGGUUCCACAGCUGCCUUCAUCGUCGGUGUCGCUACGGCCGGUGCAUUUUGGGGUUGGCUGAGGCCGACAUACGGCCCAUUCCCCGGCGACGAUACCUUUAUGUUCACCGGAACACUCGCGCUUCCGCAGGCUGUGUGUGAGAUCGUUGGUAUCACUCGCGAGGCGGCUACCAUCACAGGGCCGCUAGCCCUUGGCGUCAUGAGCUUGUGGUCUGGUUUCGUAGCCUCUGCCAGUGAGGUUGUGGACAUUUUUGGAUGGGAUGACAACCUUACCAUCCCAGUCCUGUCUGGGGCUUUCAUUUGGGGCUUUUUGAAGGUCUUUGGCUAG